AUGGGCAUGCUGCAGAUUGACGGAUCACGCCGUCGUCAGAGCAGAAGUGUUCUAGCCCAACCCGUUCAUCUCGCAUCGUUCUCCCUCGGCGCAAAGCACGAGCUCAUCCCACCGAGCAGCCCUCUCGCAAAUCAAUCACUUCAGCGAUAUCGAGAGCCUACUGUACCUGCUGAUCUCAAUGCAGGCUACCGAGAUGCCGUCUGGCGCACGAGAGUGGCCGAGGGUUUGGACAAUCUGACGGAUAGCUUGCUUGACCAGGCCAGCAACAGAGAUAUCGCGCACUGUAUCGAACGAGCCAGCGUCAUCACAUGGCGUGGCAUGAUGACAAAGCUUUGCCUCUCCCCCUAUGAUCGAAAGCAGAGCUGGCGCCUACUCGUCAUGCAGGUCAACGACUGCCUGUACAUUCAAGACGGAGACACCGCUCUGGACGCUCAGGAUGACCUAAUGAGCUACUAUGGAUACGCCUUUGAGCACCACUGUACGGCCGACCUUGACGCGUCCGAGCCAUCAAACGACACACCCUCUGUCAACACCAAUGUGCAAUGGUGUAGCAUCACAAAGACAAGCCUGGACGAUCAUCGCAUACUCAUUGGUGGGGAAGUAGACUGUGUCCAGACCGAAACAGAAAAAGCGAACUACACGCCGCACUGCUCAGAUUUCAUCGAGCUCAAGACAAGCGUCAAGCCCAUCGACCAACGAAGCCAGACCAAUUUCGAACGCUUCAAACUGCUGAAGUUCUUCUUUCAGUCUUUCUUGCUCGGCGUACCUACCAUCUUGGUCGGUUUCAGAAAUCGUGCGGGGACGCUGCUUGAGACUACUCGAUUAAGUACGCUCGAAUUGCCAGAAGUCGCCCGACGGACCUGGAACCCAGCUCAUGGCCUCAAUGCUGCAUCUGACAUCUUGACUUUCGCCCGGAAGAACAUUUUGGCCCUGCCAGAGCAGCAAAAGAGCGAUCAGUUGAUGCGAUCAGCCGAGCCAAUCUCUCUAGCGACGCUAUGGCCCGUUUACGCCUUGUCAUACGAUGCGCCCGGCGGCAUUUUGUCCAUCAGCCCCUUGUCGACUGCUGACGUUGCUGCGCAUCAAGUGGCUUUACCUCAUCGCAAUGUCGAAUACGCCGGCUCGGUAGCAAGAGUCCGAGGCCCUCUCGGUCCCUCCAAUGGAGAUCCUGCAGCAGAUCUAGCGAUCAUUGCUACUGCAGCAUCUCUGAGAUCGAAGAGAAAAGCAUCUCCGCAGGCCUAUCUGACCAAUCUGGCGCAUCGGAGGACGCCCUGCGUCAUGCGAGGAGGACGAUGCCUAUGCCGGACAGACGGCUUGUUCCAGCCUGCUACAUUCUGA